CCUAGGUAUUUAAUGUACAAAACAUGUAGAAAAGUUGGCCAAGACCUGCACUUCAAUUAGGCAUAUAUUUUUCAAGUAAAUUAUAAUUUAUUCUCCUUUUAGGUCUACGCCUAAUGCGUUAGAGUUGGUCUAACUUAAUACAAAUACUGCUGCCGUUGAGUCUACUAUUAGCAAGUUCUUUACAGUAUAAUUGAGUAUAUUAUAUACUCGUACUGUCGUACUAAUAAACUUAGACUUAAACUCAUACAAUUUACUAAUUUACCAUUUAUUUUCUUCAUCAUUAUUAAUAUUAUUUAUUAUUAAAUGUAAUUUUUGAUUAUAAAGUUACUAAGUAGUAACAAAGUAUGAUUAUACGCACCUGAACUGCACUUUUACCGAAAUAAUAAUACUUUGUAAUUUAAAUUUGUAACAUCAUGAUCAUGCAAGACCAUAAUAAUAAUACUUUGUAAUUUAAAUUUGUAACAUCAUGAUCAUGCAAGACCAUUUUAGGCAUUUCCAACUACUUAGUCCAACGAUUGAGUAAUUUAUUUCAAGUUUAAAUUUUAGUUUAAGUUUAAGGUCCAAGACAUUAAAAAAGACAAUUUUGAAUUAGACAUACAUAAUCAGUAAUAGUAAUAGUUACUAAUAGUAAUAACAAUAUUAAUAUAUUAGUAAUAGUGUCAAUUGUGGGCGAUUAAUAAUACUAUAAUAAUAGGCAAUAAUAAUAGUCACUCAAUAGUGUCAAUAGCCACCCCCACUCCCCUUUUUUUCUUCUUCCAGUUGUGUCUCAAUUAUCAAAAUUGCUAACUAAAAUGAUAUUUUACCACCUUCCCACCACUCACACUUACAGAUUAGAUACAAUUACAUUUUAUUAAUAAUUAGCCCCCAUUUAUCCAUGUUAUGUUCUAUAAAUUUAUGCAAAUACAUUUCUUCACCAGGACCACAUUCAUCCAUCAUUAUCUUUGUCUUUGAAUUUAAUGGCUUCAUCCUCAUCAGCAGUAAGUUGUUUUAAUUUACAUUUAAUUGUCAACAUUGAAUAAUCACAGUUUUAUUAAUUUAACAACUAAAUAGACUAAGCCUAUAUGGCCAUCAGGGCCGGAUUAAGCCAUCUUGGUGCCCUAGGCACAAACCCACAUGGUUGCCCCCGGCCCCGAUCCUCCACUGACUGCUGGUAUUUUCAAUAUUAUGCAAAAAACUAACAAAGAAAAAUAGUUGUGAAAUGUAAACACAUAUGUUUGUACUACUAUCACUCAUAUAAAACCUACAGUAAGGUAUUUCUGUAUUAAAAUUAAUAGUUAGUUAAUUUUGUAAUAAUAGUAGACAAAAAUACUGUAACUUUUUUGAUAGAUAAGAAAGUCAGAGAGAGCACACAUUUACAUUUUAUAGUUCUUUUUUCUAGAUUUACGUCUGGCAAAGUUUUUGAGUACAUCAUCAAAGUUAAUUUUGCGCAACAAGUCUGCCUCAAUUAUCAGCAAAGAUGAGGAAUCAAGCCUUUCUUGUUUCAUUGUCGAUCUACUUGGAUUUUUUGUACGUUUCAACUGAGAAAAAGAGCGUUCAGUUGAACAGUUCGUAACCAUUAAUGUUAAAAAUAUGGGCAAGGCAAUUUCUACAUUUGGAAAAGCACACUCGAUGUUGUCUCAAGCUAUUACUUUGUAGAGUUCUGCAUGACUGAACGUGUUGUUCUCAGAUUUUGAUGCACGAAACUUGUGGCGAAUAUAUGAGUGGAACUGUUGUAGUUCAGUAUAUAAAUUAUUGUUCAGCUCUUCAGGAUAAGCAUUUAUUAGUCCUUCACAACACUGAGAUGUUUGUGGUACAUCGACCAAACAAGAAAAUCUAACUGCUAAAUAUACCUGUCCUCGUCUACUUAUCUCUGUCUCAAAUUUGUCAACAAUGGUGUAGAAAGCAGAUAUACGAAAUUUGUCUCUGGCAUUUUGAGAUACCUCAGGGGCAUCACCAUCAAUAACCACUGUCUUUCGUUUACAAUUACGGGUCAAAGUUGACUUAUAAUCCACACCUGGUGUUAUUUCUUUUGCAGCUUGUUCAAAUCUUUAAAAUUCAUUCCUAGAUUCAUGCAAGUGAUCUGCUAGUGAAGAAUACAAAUCAGCACACGUUUUCAAGUUCACAUGCUCAUUUUGUGGAGCUUGACUGACCCUAUUGAAAGUUGUUUUCACUAGCAGGCCAAAACGGAAGUGAAUUUGUCGCUACGCACUAGUGCGUUACGUAGCAAAUACAUAUCCCAGAAAAGUAAAAAAAUAGCACCAAAAAAACCUUGAAGCAAAAAAUUUUAAAAAAAUGCAAAAAAACUGGGUGGGGGGUAUUUUACCCCCGUGUUGUGGGACCAAGGUUAGGUAAUGUGCGAUUCAAUAUUACAUUUGCGAUUUGCUUAUGUCAUGCAAUUACGCUACCGGGACAAUAUACACAUUUUUCUUGAGGACUUGUGGUGCCCCCCAAAUGUUUGGUGCCCUAGGCACGUGCCUUGUUUGCCUAGUGAUUAAUCCAGACCUGAUGGCCAUACUGACUGCAUCCAGUUUGGAAAUGUUUAAAUAUACAAUAUCAUAACUUCUAAGUAAGGCUCUUUGUCUGCUUACAGUUUGGACAUGGUAAUUUACCAGAAAAAAGAAAUAAUUUAGUUGAAAAUUCAUUUUUGUGGAGCUAACUCCUUCGCCCACAAUAUAUUAAUUUUACUCUAUUAAUUCUUAGUGUUAUUGUUGGGACUUAUUUCAUUUAAUGAUAUUUUUCAUAUUUUUAGCGCAGCAACAAGGAAGCUGCACAAAAAAAGAAGUUGCAGAAAUUUCUUAGAGAAAUGGUGAAUUUUGGCACUCUUCGAGGUUUCAAACAUUUUUCCUGUUAUGUUAGAGGAAAAGAGGAGCUUCUAAUCACAGUGAACAAUAAAUUACCGGUAAGUAUUUAUGUACAGAAAUUCAAUAAGAAUUCCUUGUGUAAAAAUCACAUGGAGCUGUGUUAAAUGAGCAUUGCUAUACUUAGAUUAAAUAGAUCUCUAGCUUUAACAAAUUUAGUUUAGGUUUCUUAAAAUUCCUUUGAUUAAAUAAUGAUUUUAUAGUGAAUCUAAUCCAUACAAUUAGUGGUCCUAAUUAAGCAUAUAGUAAAGGAAAACAUGACCCCCGCCCCCUUCAUUAUCUUAUGUUUUAAAUUUCCUUUUCAGCCAAUUGAGUUGUCUAGCCUACAUCAUAUACUUAUAAGUGUCAUAGCAGUUGAUGAAACUAGUUUAAAAAAAAAUAUAUCUCUGUAAUAUACAACUGAGGAAUAGAAAUUAACACAAAGAUUUAGAACUGCCAUAAAGGGAAACUAAAUGAAAAAAAUAUGCCCCUCCUGUCAUUGCCUUAAGUAUCUUCUUUUUUCCCUCCCCUCAAUCUCUAAAAUACAUUUACCAAGUCACAAUUAAUUUUUUAUAAUUGUUUGAACCUGCAGGGUAGCAGUAACUCUUCACUGUUCAUCACCAGUUCAGCUCCUUCCCCUGUUUAUAAAAAGCCUCUUUGCCCAACCGAUAGCUUUAGCUCCUCAAAUUUGCCUUAUGACAAGUAAGUAUUUGCAGUCUUUUUUUUGGGGAAUAUUAUCAUGUCAAAUACCAGGUAUUUAAAAAAUAAGACUCGUGGGCUACACGGGUACUGUUAACAUCAUAAGCUGUGAGCUUCCUCCUGAAACCAUUUUUAAAAAAAACUAAAGCUUUUACAACAAACUAACUCACCCCCAUGUGAACAGGUACCAACCAUAUUUUCGUGUAAAUAAGAUGUGGCUUAUACAAAGUUUUACUUAACCCGCACCCAGGGUGGGUCUUAUAUUAGUUAUACCUGGUAAAUGGGUACGUCUUAUGUAAAAUAUAUUUUUUACACAAAUUGUCAAAACCUACAUCUUAUAUAUGGGUGCAUCUUAUAGUUAAAUGUGUCUUAUAUGCGUGAAAAUAUGGUAAGUAUUUAUUCACACGAACGAACGGUACAGUGUGUGAUUUUGAAGGAUGAUUAUUACGCUAGAUAUUCACAAUUCACGAUUUGCAUUCCUAGUUUUAAAAACAAUUAGGUAAGUGUUCCGUAUUAACCAUGUGUUCCAAUCCAAUGCAGGCCACUUCAAAUUUAAAAUGCUUUCGUUUCAAUGUUUUGUAUAUCGUAAUUAUUGCAAAUUUAAGGAAAUAAACCACUGGAUAAAUUGCUCACUGCGGCAGAUGGCUAGGCCAUGUGUGUCUUAAUAAUAAGAGUCUUAUGUAAUUUUUCUUGACACAAAUCAUCAAAACCUGUGUCUUAUAUGUGGGUGCAUCUUAUGUAAAAUAUUUUUUGCACAAAUCGUCAAACCCUGCGUCUUAUAGACAUGUGCAUCUUAUAUGCGCCAAAAUACUGUACCAGUACAUAGUAAAAAAUUUCCUACAUUGUUAUCCGUAGGAAUUCCUUAGUUCUUUCAAACAAUGCACAAGUGGGCCUCAGUGAAAAGAAGGAUCAAGAAAUUGGUUUGCCACCAGCAUCACCAUCAGAGGAUGAAAGAAAGCCAGUAAGAAAAUAUUUUUUUAAACAUGAUUUUAUUUCAAGACUUUAUUUUGCGGAGCAAAUAUUCAUAUUUGAAUAAAAUAAUAACACAAUUUCAAAUUCUUAGUUGUGGGCUUUGAACUGAUCAGAAACUGUUUAGGAUGAUUUUCAUUGAAAGUUGUUAAUCAUUCCACAAGCCAAAAGUUAUGUAAGUUAUGAAAGUCUUGUAAGAGAAAUUAAUGACAGUGCUGAACAAUCAUGAGUUUAAUAUAAUUUUUAUUUGACUACAUUUUAAUUGCCCUUGCUUUAAGAUGCAAUACAAUUGCAUUUAUCCACCAAGUCUUAAAGGGUGAAUAGAAAUAAACCACAUUUUUGUAACAUUCUAUUUUGGUCCACAUUUAACUCUUUUUGUCAGGUCAGUUUUCUAGAUCACAAUAAAGAUGUACCUCAUUCUUUAAUCCUAAGGAAGCUGAUGUUACCUUGUUUCUCAUUGCCGGCUACGCUCGCUACUGCUGCCCUUACGUUUGGGUCAGGUCGAACCAUGAAAGGCUUUUCAAACUCUCUGGAGACCAAGAUGAUGAUAAAGACAGCCCACUGAGACUCAAGUCAACAGCAAGGUGGAAAGACGAAGGUAGUUUUUUUUUUUACCCCCCCCCCCCCCCGUAGCACUUUUAACUUAUUUGUUACCUUUUAGUUUUAAUUGGUGAUGAGAUGUAAAAAAAAAUGCUGAUGAAUUUUGUUCUUUAACACUACAGAAAUCUGAAGAUAACUAUUCCAGAUGGAAAACAACUUAAUAUAAAAACAUCAUGCAUAACUGCAAAGUUGGUUAUCUAUAGCCUAAGUUCAGUGGAAUGGACAGACUAAACAAUAAACAUAUAGUAAAAAGCGCAAAAUUGUUACCACUGUAAAUAAGAAAAUGAUUGUAAAUGUUAUUUCAUGACAUCUGAUCAUGGUAUCUGAUUAUGAUAUUUGAUGAUAAUUCUAUCAAAGAUCACACAAAAUAUUGUCAAACGAAGAAAGUAAUAGCAACUGAACAUAAUAACAUGUAGGCAUCAUCUCUUUGUUUCAAACUAAAUUCUUGUAUUUUUAUACUUGCUGAAUAUGCAUCCUGUAAUUAUUUAGCACUAAGCAACAGCUGGCAAUCAUAAAUCAGUGAAGGACGAGAAAUGGCUAAAUUGAUUCUCAAGGAUAAAACACCAUUUAAAAUACAGUUGAACGUGUGCGCUGGCUGGAUCAGAAUUACUUUCUCUUCUGAGUAAUGUGAGGCAUGAAAAUUAAUUUUUGUCGAUAUUUCAUUGUAUACUUUUGUUUAAAUACAUUACCACAUAUUCUCCUGAUUGCUCAUGGAUCUUACAGAUUUAACUAUUUUAUCGUUCAUGAAUCUCACAGAUGUAAGAGUAAUGGAGAUUGUGGGAGAAAUUGUCAAGCUGUGUACAUUCCCUGCUCCGAGGAAUCCCUUUGAGGUUGACCUAGAUUACUUCCGUUUCUUGUCUCAGCCAGAUCAGCUCUUGGCAUCUGCUGCCAUGGUAACAUGGUUACAGAAAAUUCUGCUCCAUACACCUGAUAGCAAAGCUUACAUUGCUAAAGGUAAGUUACUUGCCUUACAAGUAUUUCAGCUUCUGAUAGUGUAAAUGAAAGUUUGGAUGUCAGUAGGUCUUGACUUUCAAUCUUUGUUAUGUAAGUUAAAUUUCCAAAGUUGAAAAAGCUUUCUUUUAGAAAAUUGUGGUAUUUAUAUAAUUUUAUAUGUUGUCCAAAUUUAAAAUAAUGAAAAGUUAGCACUUGUAAUUCGUUUAAGUGCACAAUUUCAUUUAAGUGCACAAUUUCAUAUAUACUAUUAAUUUGCCAAUUUAUUUCUUUAAAAUUCUAAGAAAUAUAAAACAACAAUUUUUUAUGAAACAAUUAACAUUUGUCAACCGUUUAAUGCACAAAACAAUAAAAAUAUAUAAAUAAUUGUAAGAUAAAUCACUGCUACCAUUUUCUCACAUGUUCACCAUGCAGGACAGAAAUAAGUCAUUAGUUAUCAACAAAGAGGAGAUUAGUGACACAUCUUGUGAAUUGUCACUAUGUUGUAGUUAUAUGGAUACCAAAUGAUGUUGAUAGGAUAUUUCAGAAACACAUCACCGAAAAUAAAACCUAAGAUUACUCAUUUUUAAAAAUGUGCUGGAGAUCGUGUUUACCUGCUUGUUAUGUGAACUUGAAAACAAAAAAAAUGACACGUUGAAAAAAAUAAUUAAAUUUUGGAUUAUUUAAAAAAAAUUAUCUUGGAGAUUAUUUACAAACAUUUAACCCGUGGAUUACUGGUCAUUAAAAACAUUUAACCUGUGGAUUACUGGUAAUUAAAAACAUUUAACCUGUGGAUUACUGGUAAUUAAAAACAUUUGACCUGUGGAUUAUUUUAAAACAUUUAACCUGCGGAUCAUUUAAAAAAGAUUUUAAAAAUAAAUGUAUACUGGUAGUUGUUUUUUCUUGUGUAAUUUUUGUAUACCGGCAUGAAAAUUGGUGAAAGGGGAUUAACUUAUAUUUCUGUAACGCGGGAGGUUUUUCUGAAAUUUUUUGGAAUCUCUGAUCUCAUAAAGCUUUCAAUUAAAAUAAUUUGCCCUUGUUUUCUGGGCUUGUCUAUUUAAGAAUAAUAAAAAAAGAAAAUUUUAAUUAGUCAGUUAAGAUGAAUAUCAUUGUGAAAUAUUAUAUGCUACUAGCUAUAGCUUGCCAAACAUUGGUGACAGCACUGCAUGAACUUCCCAUCUACUAAAGUUACUUGACAAAACAUAAACGCAAGUAACCAAGUAACGCACAUUUAAGAAUCUCAAUUUUUGCUUCACCCCUCCCCCCAUCAUACGUCUCUGCACACUUUUUAAUGUCAGGCCCAUGAACUCUAUUAAUAUUCUGAUGUCCCAACCACUGUUAAACCGAUUAUUAAUUACACCUUAUUUAAACUGAGAAGAUUUCAUUUUCCGAAAGGAAAAGACAAUAUUAUGCACCAAAAGCAUCUGCGUUAUUUAAAAAAAAAAGAAAAAUCUCAGUCAUGACUCUCAGUCCAAGUACGCUGAAUAGGAAGCAGCCAGCUUUAACUGAAAAUGGAAGCAGUCCACCACAAGCAUAAUACAUUUAAGAGAUUCUUGACAAUAUUGAUUUGUUGCAAUAAUCAUGUUCUGCAUUCAGUUUGUUUAUCUUAGAAAUGCAUUUUAUUGUUAUUUCAGUCUUUGAAGAACAGCAACUCAUAUCAAAGCUACACUUUAAUAGUUUUCGGGAGGUAACUCUUGCAGGCAAGCUCCCAAUAUUUCAACAACAUCAAAGAAAGAGAUCACAGCAGCAGCCCAGCCAGGGAAAAGCUGUGUUUCCGGGUACACCACAGCAAAUAACAGCCCCACCCAUGUCACAAGUGAGAGCACCACAAGUGACAACUGCGCUGCCAGUGUGCCGAGAAAAUUCCCUGCCUCCAUCAAUGGUCAAACCACAGGUCCAAAAGUUGCCUUUAUCAAGACAACCAGCAGUGGAUCCAUCUUUUAUGUCUGGUUCAGCGGCUCCACCAUUGACAGCAUCAACACCGACACUGAACUCUCCUUUACUAAGAAUGCCCACAACUCCACUGCUUUUAGUGACCCCGCCUAAUAAACCUAUACCUGGACCAACAUUGCCAACUACAGUUGUCCAAAAUGUGUCUUCAGAUGGCGCACCUCAGAGUGCUCAAGUGUCAAGGCCUUUCGGUCCUAGAACAACAAUGUCUGCUACUGCCCAGCAUCUUCCUUUGGGUUUCCCCCCAAACCAUGCAAUGUCACGUCCUGUCCAAACGACCUCUAUUCGACCUCAGUCAGUUCCUUUUACUUCUUCUAACGCUCAAGUCACACUGUCUUCUCAGGAAUAUAAUCAAUUCUCUGCACCACCCACACAUCCAUCCAAACACACUACGUUCAGUCAGCAAACUCCAGCCCUGUACUCUCCCCAACAAAACCCCCAGAUGUCACAUAUGACUCGGCACCCUCAAUCAUCCAACAUGACUGCCCCCACCCAACAACGUCCUCAAUCAUCCAACAUGGCUGCCCCCACCCAACAACACCUUCAGUCACAUAAUAUGGCUCCACCCGCACAAGCCCGCCCUCAGCCGUGGGGUCAGACAGCCAUGCAACCUUCACAAGCCCAAGUGCAGAGGCCGUUUUAUCAGCCCGCGCCUACAGCCCAGCCCUCCGUUCCAUCAAAUCCUGUUGGUGUCGUAUAUGGCAGUGGACCCCGAGGAGCGUUCCCAGGAGGCUUUGACAGAAUGCCUGCUCCUAGUAUGUUAUAAACAUCAAAUCUUUUUUUUUUUUCUUUUUAAUGUCAUUGAAGGAGCUUAAUUUUCAUAAAAUUGUUUCAAGCAGCAACAUUUUAACAUGCAAUUUUUCAUUGAUUAUUCAGGUAUUUUCAAUAAUAUUUUAGCCUUACUUAUUUUCAUUAUUAUCAUAACUAUUAUUCCAGAAUUUCACCUUUAUUAUACGAUCACACCGUGAUAUAAGAAUAAUCAUAAUUAUUAUUAGCUAUUGUAAUUUUACUUAUUCAUGGAAAGAAAGAUUUAGGGACUAUUGCCAUGCAUUGCUUGGGAUGUUGGCUUUUUUCCCCGUUUUCAUUUUACAUUACAUAACAAAUUAAUACCGGUAUUAUUUUAUCUGCUUUUUUGAGCUGUCGUAAAUAAUUUGAAUAUCGCUACAUGUUAAUUUUCAAUAAUAGUAAUAAUUCAUAAGAAUAACUUUAAAAAAAAGAAUGUUGUCAUUUUACUUUUUCAAGGGAAACAUUUAAAUGAAAUGUCAUCUGACUAAUGCAAGGGAAACAUCUAAUUGAAACGUCAUUUGACGAAUGCAAGGGAAACAUCUAAAUGAAACAUCAUUUGACUAAUGUAAGGGAAACAUCUAAAUGAAUUGUUGUUCUUAGACUAAUGCAAGUGCAAGGGAAACAUCUUAAUGAAAUGUUAUCAUUUUAACUAAGGCAAAAGAAACAUCUAAAUAAAAUGUCACUUGACCAAUGAAAGGGCAAACAUCUAAAUGAAAGCCCCUGAAUAAAGUCUUUGUAUGUGUUUGACCAAGUAUUUCUCCAGUAUUAAACUUAAGUAGAUCAUAUUUCUUUGUUUGUUUAGAUGAACUCAGAUUAACUGACAUACUUUUAGCCAUAAUUAUUUCUUAAUUGUAGAGGCAUUCAAUUUUUGGGUUAAAAGUUUUUUUGUUUAAAAGGUACCAUAGUUAAUCUGAUGAUAAAUUUUUGGUGUAUUUACCAGGCACUGAGACUUUUUCAUCAAUAAAUAUACUGUAAUAAACAUAUCAUUAUCAGCCAUACAACGAAAUGUUGCAUUAAUUUUAAAAACAAAAUUAAAUUUCCUAUACAUGAAUCAUCAGUUCUUGCAAUUUUUAUUUUGAUGGCCUACAUUCCAAAAGCAACAUACAAUUUUUGAGAUGCUUUGUUAUAUAAAUGCUUUAUACAAGACUAUUCCUUGUGAUUACAAAUUUUUUUUGUAUUAUUUAUUUUUCAUUGAAUGUCCUGUAACCAAUUUAGCCAUGAUAUUAUUUUAUUAAUGCAGAAGGUUUGCUCAUUUCUUGUAAAAUUCGUCCCAUCAAAGAUCAAAUGUAAAAAAAAUGUCACUAUCACUAUAUGAUGGUAAGAAUUGACAGUUGUUAAAAAAAAAAAAAAAAAAAAAAAGAAAAAUAAAUAUAUUUAAUAAAUUCCGCGUGCCAGACAAAUCAAUCUUUCAGUUCAUCGAAUAUUGUGAUACCGUACUCUCAGAGGUCAUCUUUUUUUUAUUUGCUGUUAAGAACCCAUGCUUGCUAGCUAAAAAAUUAAACCGAUUCUCAACUAUGUAUUUACCUCCGAUUGCUUGGUAGUUAAAUAUGGUCAUUUUUUAAAACUUUCUAUUGAUACAUUUGUCUUGAUGUUGAGCACUUGGGCAUUGUUGCCCCUAUUUUCUAAUCAAAAGCAUACAAAAAAAAAAAAUUAGUCACAUUUGUUUUUUUAAAGCC